AUGACCAAAAGCUCUUUCAUCAAAUUAUUUCGGGAAUUGGAGUUAUUUGAAGGAAUUGAUAAUGAAAUAUCAAGUGAUUUUUUAAAAGAAUUCAAGUAUUUGCGUGAGCUCACAAUUAUUCGAAACAUGGCAAAGCAUGAAUCUAUUCUUGAUGGUGUGGGAAGAGCUAAAUCAAUCAGUGACUUAAAAAACCUGACUACUCUUGAUAUUGGAUAUAGUAGAAUUGGUAAUGAAGGUUUAGAGUCAAUUGGUCAACUGGAAAAUUUAACACGUCUUAACAUUCGCUCUAAUAAUAUAGGAUUAGUCGAGCCAAUAAUUAAUUUGAAAACAUUAACAGCCCUCGAUAUUGGUGAAAAUAGUAUUGGAAACGAGGGAGUCAAAUCAAUAAGCAAAUUGACUGAAUUGACCAGUCUUUUUAUUGAUUACGAUGAUAUAAAUGAAGAGGGAGCGAAAUAUCUUUGUGAAUUACCAAAUUUAACUAUUUUAGAUUUGACAGGAAGUAAUAUUGGCGAUGAAGGUGCCAAGUUUAUUGGUCAAUCUACAAAAUUGAAACAUCUCUUCCUAUCAUUAGCAGAUAUUUCUAAUGUAGGAGUAAAUUAUUUGAGUUCCUUGAAUGAAUUGGUUGAUCUUAUUCUUUCCCUUAAUGAUAUUGGUGAUGAGGGAUUAAAGCACCUUAGUUCAUUGAAGAUGCUUAAUUAUCUCAAUGUUUCAGGAAAUCAAAUCACUGAUGAAGGAGUUGUAUUUAUAAGAGAGAUGGAAAAUUUGAAAAGAAUUUCAAUAACGAAUAAUUUGUUGACAGCUGUAGGAGAAAAUUUAAUUCAAGAAAUGUCAAUUACUACUGAUUUAGACUUAUGA